AUGCAUCUGAGUCGCUUUAUCAACGGGUGUUAUCAUCAAGUCGUUUUAUGCAAUGCAUACUCAUUAACUUGGACAAUGUUACGAACCACCUUGCUCUGUAUCCUUUUAGGAAUUGUGUCUACUUGGGCUAUCCCCAUCGCAGUUAGCACUGUGCAGCCUGAUAUCCCCAUCGCAGUUAGCACUGUGCAGCCUGAUAUCCCCAUCGCAGUUAGCACUGUUCAGCCUGAUAUCCCUAUCGCAGUUAGCACUGUUCAGCCUGAUACUCCAAUCGCAGUUAGCACUGUUCAGCCUGAUGUUCCCAUCGCAGUUAGCACUGUUCAGCCUGAUGUUCCCAUCGCAGUUAGCACUGUUCAGCCUGAUACUCCAAUCGCCAUGAGCACUGUCCAGCCUGAUAUAUUUAUCGCAGUUAGCACUGUGCAGCCUGAUAUCCCCAUCGCAGUUAGCACUGUGCAGCCUGAUAUCCCCAUCGCAGUUAGCACUGUCCAGCCUGAUACUCCAAUCGCCAUGAGCACUGUCCAGCCUGAUAUACCAAUCGCAAUGAGCACUGUCCAGCCUGAUACUCCAAUCGCAAUGAGCACUGUUCGUCCUGAUCCAGUCUUCGUUGGAAGCACGGUACCCUCACCUUCUGUAGGACCUUCUUGCGGAGAAUGCAAUUCCAUGAAUAUAUGGACUGAUGUUAUUUUCAUAGUUGAAUCAUCUGAAAACUCUGGAAUUAGAAAUUCACAGAUGAUGUGGGCCUUUGUUUGUGGUCUUGGUGAAAGUUUUAACAUUCAACCGAGUAUUUAUACAGAUAGCAAGGAGUAUAUGAGAGUAGGAAUCAUCAACUACUCUGAGGAUGUGGAAGUUGUUGGUGAGCUAGGCUCAGUCACUUUUCUUCAAAUGGGACGCAUGAGUAUUCCUUUCAUCGGUGGAGGUCAGAAUGGAACUAAUAUAGAAAAAGCCAUUGAAACAGCCAGUGAUAUGUUCAGCAGAGGCGGUCAUAGACCCAAUUCUCGUAAAGUUAUUUUCCUGUUUUCUGCGAAGUACCUCCCAACUUCUGAUCCUCAAGGAGCUGCUUCCAAAUUCAAAGCUGAUGGUGGCGUACUCUUCGUCUAUGAAUAUCAGCCAGAUAGUACUGCUCAGACCAAAGAGCUCAUUCAACUUGCUUCUCCCCAAUAUUAUUUCCAUAUGCUAUCUAGCACUUAUGAUGACGUAGUUCUGGCUCACUGUGAUGCUAACUGUUUCUGUUUGAAUAACUACGUUUCUUUUAAAACUUCUGAUCGAGGCCUUCCCUUGGCUGGAUGCUACUAUCCUGUGGAUUCGCCUCGUUCACUGAAGCUUGGAAACACUAAUUGCAAGAAUGCAUACAACGGGGGUUAUAUUGCUUCGGCUCAAACUUCCGAAAAACAAACUUUCUUAACCAAGUUGACAGACAACUCUAUCUACAUCAUCGGAUUACAGAACAACAAUGGUGCCCUCCAAUGGAGUGAUGGAUCACCUUUGGGAUCCUAUCAUCCAUACAAAAGUGGACCUCCUUCCUCCUCUGAUAUGGUCAUUGUCAACAACGGUUACUGGGAUUUAACCAACAAUUUGAAUAGGUACUGGUACGUUUGUGAGUCCAGCCCUUGCUCUUCCAACAGAUAUUGUGAUAACCAAUAG